CCCCGCUGCAGCCGGAUUCGACUGAGACUAAUGCAGGAUGAGUGCGUCACAAACGCAAAUUCGUUUCUGACCAAGGCGACUUAAAAAAAAGAUAAGUAAUUAAACAACGUUGUUUGAUUUUUUUUAAAUGAAAGACGCUGGCUCAUAAUAAGAAUAUAAAUAAUUAUAACUAAUCCAACGACAACCGUUAUCUACAAAUAGUGUCUUUAUUACAUGUUUUCUAUAUGAUAUUAUUUAAAAGACAGCGCGUGUUUAACAUAAACUGUAUCAGAUUUUAUUGAACUCUGAAACAUUGAAUCUGUGGCUCCGGCCGGGGUUCACGUGGUCACAACAUCGCAGCAUCAUGGCGGCCGGAUUCAAAACGGCAGAACCAUUGGAAUAUCACAGAAGUUUCCUGAAGGAGAACUGCCGGCCAGAUGGCAGAGAACUGGGCGAGUUCCGAGCCACAACUCUCAACAUCGGCUCCAUUUCCACAGCUGAUGGCUCGGCGUUGGUCAAGAUUGGAAACACGACUGUCAUCUGCGGCAUUAAAGCGGAGUUGGCGACUCCACCGACAGAUGCACCAAACAAAGGUUAUAUAGUGCCCAAUGUGGACCUGCCACCGCUCUGCUCGUCCAGGUUCCGCCCAGGUCCUCCAGGUGAACAGGCACAAGCUGCCAGCCAGUUCAUUGCAGACCUCAUUGACAGCGCCAACAUAAUACAAAGAGAAGACCUGUGCAUUGAAUCGGGCAAGCUCAGCUGGGUGUUAUACUGUGACAUCAUGUGCCUGGACUAUGACGGGAACUUGCUAGAUGCUUGUGUCAUAGCCUUGCUGGCAGCUCUGGAGAAUGCACAGCUUCCAGAGGUCACAAUUAACAAGGAGACAGAACUGGCAGAAGUGAACCCACAAAAGCUGCAUCCCCUGAAUGUUACUAAACACCCAGUUGGCUCAUCAUUUGCUGUUUUUGACAACACCAUUGUCAUAGUUGAUCCAACUGCUGAGGAGGAGAGCCUGUCGACAGCCACGAUAACUGUAGUAACUGAUGAAGAUGAGAGAUUGUGUGCGCUACACAAACCAGGGGGAAGUGGUCUGUCUGCUGAGAAGUUGCAGGACUGCAUCAGUCGAGCUGUGACUCGGCAUCGUGAAGUCAGGAAGCUGAUCGAAGAAGUCCUGAAGAGCAUCAAGCCACAGCAGUGAACAUAGCCAACACCCCAUUUUUUCUCUAAAAGUUGUAUUUUCCACUGUCAAUAUAUAUUCUUUUAUAUCACAAUAAAACUACUGACAAAGAACAUUUUACAAAA